CUGGUUUAUUGGGAAAUCCCCGAAACGCACGCUGUUCACUGAAACAAAAUAUUUUGCUUUCUAGCUGCUACGGAGUUGCAUUGACAGAGAACCGAGGUGCUGCAAGAACAGAUUCAUCAACGGGUGGCGAGGUAUAAAUCCAUGUUUAAUUUAUUUUAGGUAGCGUAGCAAAUUAUUAUGCGUGAAAAAGUUUGUGGCCGUUGUCGAUUCUAAAGCAGCCAGCCAAGCUUACAGCUGAGUUAGCUGACUUAGCUGAAGAUGGUGGGUGAAGUUUGGUGUAUCUUAUAUUUUGUUGUAUUAAUAAAAAUGUAACCACUACACAUUGUAGUGUUAUAUGACAUGGGAAGUUGGAUGAUGAUCACGUAUCGCUUACUGUUUAGACUGUUUUGAGUGUCUAACCUGCUAGCUAAUUAGCUAUAUGCUAGGCCAACGCUCAACUCCUCGCGCGAUUUGUUAGCAACUAGAUUGAGAAACCUUCAGUCGAUACGUGUAAAAAUGUCGAUUCUGAAAACGCUUAUCUGUACCUAUGUUUUUCCUGUACAAUUGCGGUCCUUCCGCAGGGUACUGAAAUUCGUACUUUUUAUAAUAACUUUUAUCGAACACAACCACUGACUUCUUCCUAAUUUGUGUUACUCAACUCCGCGCGAAUGCCAGUUCAAUCUCAGCUUCCGUAGUACAGCAAGGCCAUUAUGUCUGCAGUUGAAGAAUACAAAUUAGGAAAAAGUCCGUGGUUGUAUUGGAUAUUUUUUUUAAAUUAAAAGUAUGAAAUUCAGUACCCCGCGGAAUGACCGCAGUUGUACAGGUAAUCAUUUUCAGAAUUGACAUUUUGGUAAGUAUGGGGUGACUCUGUUGCUAGCAAAUCGCGCGACCCGUUAGUUAUCAAUACGAAACUCCGCCAGUUAUCAAUACUCAACUCCGCCUAGAUAGAAGAGAACGGAGUUGAGCCAUUCCUCAGCUAGAUGCCAAAACAUUCAGGAGAUAGAGGUGCUCAAAGUGUACCCAUUUUCCAUAUCCCACCCAACCAUAAGACAUCCAUGUCUUCAUCACUGAAAUAGAUAAACGGUUAAGAUUGAUAUCAUUUAAAAGCUUACAAUUAUGAGCUUGAUUUCUAAAUAAUUUUAAUGUACAAUUGUUUUAAAACACGUAAAUGCAGAUAUUUCAAAUUUUCACAAAUGUAGCUCAGACCCUAUUUUACACCAACUGAGGUAUUUGUGUUGUGCCAGUCAUCAGUUGAGACACUUCAUACUUAAGCAAUAAGGCCCGAGUGAAUGUGGUAUAUGGCCAUUAUAGACCGGGUGGUUUGAGCCCUGAAUGCUGAUUGCCUGAGAGGCGUGGUAUGACAAAGCAUUUAUUUUUACUGCUCUAAUUACGUUGGUAACCAGUUUAUAAUAGCAAUAAGGCACCUCUGGGUUUGUGGUAUGUUGCAAAUAUACCAUGGCUAAGGCCUGUAUCCAGGCACUCAUCGUUGUGUCGUGCUUCAGAACAAACCUUAGCUGUGGUAUAUCGGCCUUAUACCACACCCCUUCGUGCCUUAUUGCUUAUAAAUACUAUGGCUAAGGGCUGUUCUUAUUGUGCCCAACACAAUGCGGAUUUGCGACGAUGACACACAUUAUAUUAAGCAGGACAUUCAUACAACCCUUAUAAUCCAAAGUAGUGUGAAAUACACUCACAAGCAACAUGUAAAUAGAGGCUUUUUUUGCUGGAGCUCUAUAAGAACUCCCCCAUGUUCUGCCACCAACUUGCGCACAUCGCCCUCGUGUGGCAAUGUUUGUGAACACAGAAAGGGGUCUAUAGCAGUCAGUUAACAUGUCCUUUAUGAAUUGUGAAACCUUUGUGUUUUUUAUUAUUACAUAAAUUCUUCAGAAUUCACAAAAAGUGACGUUAGCUGAUUAUCUCAUAGAACAAAACAUAUACGAUUUCCUAAACUUGUGUUUACCACAGACCUUAUUUUAGCAGUUUAUCCCAAAAUCCUACAACAGCGUUCCCCAACUGGUGGUUUUAUCUGUUUGGGAUUCUUGCGGUCAAAUUGCAGUCUACAAAUGAUUUGUAAUUAUGUUCUGCCCCCGCACCAUUCUUGAGCGGAUGGGCCCCCCUGACCAUCCGCUCAAGAAAUCUAGUUGAUGAUCCCUGCCCUACAACAACAAGGCUUUGUCCAACGAACCACGGCCUACAAAAAGGCACCAUUAUUAUUUCUCUCUGUAUAGGGUGGGUUGCAAGUUAGUCAUAUAUUUAGAUGAAGCAUUUAUUGGUAAAGGGUAGGGUAGCUAGCUAGGCACUUGAUCAACACUAAGGAUUAGCCUAAUACUGUGGCACCAGUCCUCACAUGGCUGGCUAGCUAGCUACACAACCCAGUCAGUCAUUACCUCCCCUGUCUGCAUUCUAGCUGUGGUCCCCCAUUCACCAUUCUUUCCCCACUCAUCCCAUAUAUAAUAAUAAUAAAUAAUAUGCCAUUUAGCAGACACUUUUAUCCAAAGCGACUUAGUCAUGUGCGCAUACAUUUUUACAAAUGGGUGGUCCUGGGGAUCGAACUCACUACCCUGGCGUUACAAGCGACAUGCUCUACCAAUUGAGCUACAUUGUUUUGAAGACACAGGCAACUACUAGAACUAGUAUAAUUUUUUUUCUUAACUAAUCACAUGGGUGUGCUCUCUCUCUCCUAGAUCCUAUCGCCUUCCUCCAUCCCUCCUGACUUGUGUCCAGUCCUCUCCUCCGUCCAAACGGUCCAGUGAGCUGUCGAGAAAGUGAACAGAUACAGGAUGGAAGAGCAGGAGUUCAGCGUCUCCCUGGGCCAAUGUUCCUUCCAGCAGCUUUGGGAGACCAAGUAAGUUUUGAACAACCUUUAGGACCACAGACUUGUAUAACUAUUUUUUUUGGACUACUAAGGUUAGGCUGAGGUGGUUUUGUGUGAGUGGAAGCCCAGAGACAUUGUUCAAUGUAUUACAGCACCUUUUCUACAUAGGUCUUUUCAGGUCUUAAUAAUGACUGAUACUGUGAUUUGUAUCCCCUUUCUAUAGUAUGACACCUCAGGGGCCCAGUAUUCCACUGGUUGCGACUGAAAACUGGUCUGACCUGGAUGUCUCGGUGCGUUUGUUUGUCUACCUCUAGAAUGGGCUAGAGUUUUUUUCUCCCCCCCCCCCUUUCUAGUAAUACAGUGAUUGUUUGAGUUAGAUUUUUUUCUCUCUGAUAAUUUGAUAUCCAUGGUGGGCACUCCUCUGUUUCAGUAUUCAGACAGAAAAGCAAAAUGCAACUGAUAACUUGAACACUUUACUCCUCACAGCUCCUUCCCGAGGCCACCCUCCACAAGGACUUCGACGAGGGGCUGUUUGAGCUGCUGGAGCCCCUGGUUGUGGAGCCCUCGGUGUCAACCCUGGACAGCGUGCCUCCCCCCGCCUCCACCGUCCCCUCCACCAACGACUACCCUGGGAAGCACGGCUUCCAGCUGCGAUUCCAGAAGUCUGGCACCGCCAAGUCUGUCACCUCCACCGUGAGUGUCAUGCAUAUGGCUUACUGCACAUGCUCAUGCCUGAAUACAUACAUACAUACAUACAUACACACACACACACACACCUAAUUAAGCAAUAAGGCCCAAGGAGGUGUGGUAUAUGGCCAAUAUACCACGGCUAAGGACUGUUCUUAUGCCCGACGCACCUCUGAGUGCCUGGACACUGCCCAUAGCCAUGGUAUAUUGGCCAUAUACCACAAACCCCAGAGGUGCCUUAUUGUUUUUAUAAACUGGUUACCAAUGUAAUUAGACCGCUAAAAAUAUUUUUGGGGUCAUACCCGUGGUAUACCACGGCUUUCAGCGAAUCAGCAUUGAGGGCUCAAACCACCCAGUUUAUAAUUCAUGGUAAUUUGGUCAAUACUUUUAUCCAAAGCAAUAAACACAUGUAUUUGCCCCCCCCAAACACUUAAAAUAAGGGCUGUGUUUCGUGUAGGCUUACCUGGCGUGACGUUUUGAUAAGCAUGUAAAUUUCUCUCGGGCAAGGUUACUUUUAUCAAUAUAUUUGGCUCUAUUUAUUCUGUUUCGAAAAUGCUAAUUGCCGUCAAAGUAGACAUCAUGCAAGACUACAAAUCCCUGCAAGCUCCUGCACGUCAUCUCCAGAUGACACCUUUGCUAACAGGUAUUCUGUCCAUUUAAAAUUUGCACAAGACAGUUCACAAAAUUUUACAUUUAAAGAAAUUUAGCCAAUUGAUUCAUUACAAAAUUUAGCUAGCAUUAGAUAAUUCAUCCAGAGAUUCUUAGGUUUGCCUCAAUUCGGCAGUCUUGUCUAGAUCAUCAUGGUAUUUGUAGUUCUUUACGAUAGCCACAUUAGCAGUUCAUUAGCAUUUCAUUUUUGGGGGGUAAAUACAGGCAACUAUAUUGAUAAAAGUCACCUUGUCCUAGAGAGAUUUACAUGGUUAUCAAAACAUCACACCAGGGUAAGCCUACACAAAACUUAUUUUAAGUGUUUCUAAAAUCCCCUAUGGAAGGAGUUCCCAACCUUUUUCACUCAGGGCCCCCCUUCCAGCAUUGGGGAACAUUCCGUGCCCCCCCCCCCCCGCGCACGCGCCACGUCUAUUUCUCUGGGCACAAGCACUGUUCAUGAUACAAACUGUUCCCACCCCUCUUGUUGGUGGAGAGACUUUUGCUGUUUUAAAGCCAAUUUUCUUGCAAUUCUAUACAUUUUGGUCUAAUGUGUAUUCAUGUGAUAUUUGAGUGACAAAAAAAUUACAACCAUCUAUGGGCUUCAAAACCUACAUAAAACAAUUUAGCUGACAUGGGCUAGUUGAUCUGGACAUUUCUGACAAGUUAUAUAUAGCUCGCUAAGGUAUGCAAUGACAGACAUGACUAGAGGUCCUCUGUAGCUCAGCUGGUAGAGCACGGCGCUUGUAACGCCAAGGUAGUGGGUUCGAUCCCCGGGACCACCCAUACACAAAAAUGUAUGCACGCAUGACUAAGUCGCUUUGGAUAAAAGUGUCUGCUAAAUGGCAUAUUAUUAUUAUUAGAGGAACUGAUGAUGCCCUACCCAAUUUUGAAAUUGCACUUUGUGCAUUCUACUACCACAAUUUUCAAGCCUGAAUGAGUUCCUUUAAAACAUAUUUUUUUUUGGGGGGGGGGGGUAAAAUGGCUUCAAACCUGUUUAAUCCAUGGUCUCAUUUCAAUCAAUUAAUUACAGUAAAUUGCGGUUACUUUACCUCAGACAGAGACGAAAGCUAUUCCAUUCAUUCUAAUUCCCUGCGGUUGCAGUCAACUGGAAUCCAGUUCAUUGUGAGGAUUUGCUAAAACUCAAAGUUUUGACAAAAAGUAUUUGGAUUAAAACAGCCAAUAGCCGGAAGGUUUCCACAGUGACUCACAUGUCAGCGUGCUAUGAUUGGUCUAUCAGGCUUGAUUUAGGGUGUGCUGCCCUCAAACUAACGCCCCCUGCAGCUCAUUCAUUGGAACUGAGGAGUUGCAUGCUGGUAGGUUGCAGUAACGCAUGGGUCUGACAUGACAGGGCAUGUUCCACACAAGGGCUCCAUUAUGGAAAGGGUUCAAAUGCAGCCGUUUUGGUCAAAAUGUAUAGUUAUAAACAAGGUAUUUACGAUUUCUUCAGAAUAUAAAUAUAAAUGUUAAUGUGUAUUAUGAUCUUAUUUAUUCCUGUGGGUGUUAAGCCCACCUUUUGCUAGUGUUUGUAUUUUAUUUAAAUUUUAUAAACUGCUAAUUGUCUUUCUAUUUUUUACAUCACCAAAGUGAAAUGCUGUCUGUGAGAAAUAACUUUGACCGAAGUGCUUAUUUUUCUCAAUUCAAUUCACAACUUUGUUUCACAAAAUAAAAUUCCUAUAGAUACAUACGACUGGUCAUUCACUGUUUUCUCUCCCCUCCCAGUAUUCUGCACAGCUGAACAAGCUGUACUGCCAGCUGGCUAAGACGUGCCCUGUGGAGGUGCUGAUGGACAUGGAUCCCCCGCCAGGAGCCAUCCUCAGGGCCACCGCCAUCUACAAGAAGUCUGAGCAUGUCUCUGAGGUGGUCCGCCGCUGCCCCCACCACCAGAGCGCCUCAGAUAACAAUGAAGGUGGGUGUGUUUGAGUGCGAGAGGGUGUGUGUUUUUAGUCUAUGGUAAAAAUGAGGUAGAUAAGUAUUUUGCCCUUGUUGAGAGUUUAAAAGAGAAGUAGAUUGAUAUGCAUAGAUUUAGUUUGGCUCCGUUUUUGUAGUUAGCAAUGUAAACGAAUAAAGAGGAAAUGAAACCCAUGCAAAUCUGAUCAUAAUAUUCACCAUGGUCUCAGAGGCGAGGCAUACCUUUACUCCCCAUGUAAAAAAUUGUCCCAGGAAGAGAGGAGACUCCCCCUCACUACUUGUCUACUUCCUGUUUUCUGUCUAGGUGUGGUCCACCGCAGUCACCUGAUUAGGGUAGAGGGGAGCCAGUGGGCUCAAUACCUGGAGGAUGGAAACACCAAGCGUCAGAGUGUGCUGCUGCCUUAUGAGCCUCCUCAGGUAUACCCCAUGGAAAGAUAAUUAAUAGAACGGACGUCCCCAUUCAAGUAAAUUAUGGUAUAAUGGGUGGACUGGCGGCCAUUGCGAGUGUACCCAGAGGAGCAAGACAGGAAGUGUACCCAACAAUCUGUGCUGCGAUUUGUUGAAUCAAAAUACAUUCCAUUGCAUGAGCCACAUCAGUUAGCAUCAUUUGAAUGAAUGAAUAUUCUACAUAACUGUGGAAAUUAUUACAUCACAAUACCAGGAAGGCAUUAUGUACCAGUCAAAUUGCUGGGCUUAGAGCUUCCAAGCCCGUUCUAUUCAUUCUUAUUUCUAUGGUAUUCCCCCCUUCCUCUGGUCUCCUGUAUCAGUGGUAUUAUGAAAGAUGAAUCAUCAUUUUUAUUUGCCAUUUCUCUUGACACUUUCAUUGAGAGAUCUGUCUAUAAUGCAUUGGACAUUUGCAUUUGGCAAUGUGAAGCUAAACAUUGUGUAUGUGUUUGUAUAGCUGGGCUCUGAAACGACUACUGUUCUCCUGAACUUCAUGUGCAACUCCAGUUGCAUGGGUGGUAUGAACCGGCGGCCCAUCCUCACCAUCCUGACCCUGGAGACCCAGGAGUAAGUGUCUCUCCUCAUCACUUCUCACUGAGUUUGUUUAUUUUGGAAAUUGUGCAUCUGGGUCUGCAUCUCGUCCUUAUUUGUGUGCGUAUACAUCAAGCUCUCUCUUUUCUGUGUGAGCACAAGUCUGAGUUUGCUUUACAUUUCCGAUAAUGUGUGUUUUAGGGAGGUAAUGAUUCACCGAUAUGAAUCGGUCCCCGGUUGAGAUAUUUAAGAUAUGAGUGCAUCGGUCAGCGGGACCCCAAACCAAUCUGAAUGUAGCAUGCAUCGGUCACAAAAUCGUUUCAAAUAUUAAGAAUGGCCGGCCCCAAAAAUGUUGGGUCAAAUUACUUUCUACCUUCCGAAAAUACCUCAUAGUUUGUGACAACUGCAUCUUUGCCUUCAGCAUGUCAUUGUUUUGACGGUCAUUGAUCUACAAGUCAUUUUGCAUGCCAAACAACCCCAGGCAACAUCAGUAGCCUAGUAAAACUGUGCACUGUGCGUAUCUACACGCACUGUGCAAUGAGAAGUAGACCUAUUCCUGAUCCGGCAUAGCUGCGUGUCACCGGCAGCAUUCAAAUGUUUGUAAAAUGGCAUGCGCAAUAUUAGCCUUUUUUUUUGUUGAGUGACAACCAAUGUCUUUUGCUUGGUUAUGUUUUAUAAAAUGCGCUGUUGAAAAUUGUUAUACCGGAAUAAAAGUAGCCUAAGCUACCCGCUCUGCAUGGUUGACACAGGAGAAGAAGAGAAACUCACUCAGUCUGUCAACCUCCAAAUGGUCUAAACCAUUCCAUUAUGAGACGGGGGUGAAAUCUUCUUACCGAACCACAAGACCUUUGUUUUGAAGGUGUUCAGAACAAUGUUAAGGGCAAAGAAAGCUGUCUGAACACUAAGAAAGCUUUGUUGUAGAGUGUUCAACACAAAAUCCGGGUAGGGGCCGGCUGAGUAUAAGACUGUAUCAUCUGCAUAUAAAAAGAUGAGAGAGCUUCCUACUGCCUGAGCUAUGUUGUUGAUGUAAAUUGAGAAGAGCAUGGGGCCUAGGAUCGAGCCUUGGGGUACUCCCUUGGUGACAGGCAGUGGCUGAGACAGCAGAUUUUCUUACUUUACACAUUGCAAUUUUUGAGAGCGGUAGUUAGCAAACCAGGCCAAAGACCCCUCGGAGACACCAAUACUCCUUAGCCAACCCACAAGUUUGGAAUGGUGUACUGUAUGAAAAACGUUGUCCAAGUCAUUAAAGAUAGCAGCACAACAUUGCUUAGAGUCACGGGAAAUGGUGACAUCAUUUAGGACCUUUUUAAGGUUGCAGUGAAACAUCCAUAACCUGAGCGGAAACCAGAUUGCAUACCAGAGAAAAUACAAUAGACUUCAAGAAAGCCAGUCAGUUGAUUAUUGACAAGUUUUUCCAACACUUUUGAUAAACAGGGCAAUCUAGAAAUUGGCCUAUAACAGUUGGGAUAAGACUGAGCUCCUUCUUUAAAUACAGGACGCACCGUGGCUGCCUUCCAAGCACUGCAACCUUAAAGAAGAAAGGAUCUGACCCAGAUGUUGUUGUUUUUUAGGGUCAAGUUUAAGAAGCUCCUUUAGCACCUCAGACUCAGUGACCAUCCGGAGGGAGAAGCUAUGUAGCAGGGCGGGUGGAACAUUGGGGCUGGUAGAUGAGGAAGUGUUUGGCGGGCAAGGAGGCGUGGCUGAGUCCAAUAGGAAUCCUGACUUAAUGAAUUGGUGAUUUAAAGAGCUCAGCCAUACGCUCUUUGUCAGUAACAACCACAUCAUCACCAUUAAGGGACAUGGGCAGCUGUGAGGAGGAGGUUUAUUCACCGUUUUCCAGAACUUCUUGGGGUUAGACCCACAGAGAGAGAACUGCUCCUUAAAGUUACUAGGUUUGGCCUUCUGGAUGGCCUGAGUGCACUUAUUUCUCAUUUGCCUGAAUGAGAGCCAGUCGGCGUGAGUAUUUGUGUGCCGAGCCUUUCGCCAAAUGGUGUUCUCUGCCAGAUCACGGUCGAACCAGUGGCUGAUCCUGUUGUUCUUUAUGGGGGCUGUUUCAAGCAUCUUCAACAAAGGGGAUCAAGCUGAUUCUAUAACCGAUUUACAGAGGCCAGGUCAUGAAAGAAGGCUUGCUCAUUAAAGUUUUUCAGCAAGCGUCAAUGACAAAUCCGGACAGGUCGUUUAACUAAGCAGCCAUUACGAACACAAGCUGUAAAACAGUGAUCACUUGAGGUCAUUACAGAAAACACCAGACUGAUACCAAUCAGGAUUAUUUGUGAGGAUAAUAUCAAGGAGAGUAGACUUUUCUGUGUGUUUGGGAUCAUACCGUGUGGGAUUGGUAAUCUGAUCUGAGAGAGAUUUAGGGAGUCCCAUUGUUUUAAGAGUUGGUCAGGUGGUUUAAGUAUGUCCCAGUUUUGGUCACCUAGCAGGACAAAUUCAGACUUGGUGUAAAGGGCCGCUGGACUGGAGCUGUGAAGCCACACUUUCAAUUGAUCCAUUUCAGGUAAUAAGCGUCUAGUGUUAACGUGCAGAAAACCAAGGCUUUUACAAGAGCAGAAAUCAUGAGAGCAAAUGUCAGAAUUGUGGCUAGCAACUGUAGACGGGCCAGGGUGGUCAUGCACAUGUCCAGGGCACGGCAGAGGACAGGGACAUUUGAAUGUGCAUCAGAUGGCAACGAUCAUAUUGACAGCAAUUUCAUCAGGUAACAUGAAUACAAAGCCGGCGAGAGGUGGUUAGAAUAGGAUGGGGGCCCAAGAGUCUGUGUAACCAAUAGAGAUUCAGUCGCGAGUGUGGGAACAAACAUCGUCUGUUCCACGUUCGGGUAACUGAGCAACCACAUAGUCAACAAAGCGUGCAGGAGUCAUGGAGCAAAUAGCACAAAGCACAAGGAGAAAAGUUCAACGGCUUGAGGCUAGACAUCGUAAGCUCAGAGUCACUCGCGCCAACAAGAUAAUGUGAAAGAAUAGCUCUGAGUCCAGUAGGCUAUAAAAGUCUGAGAUAAAAUAAAUAAAUAGUAGACCUGCUAGUUAAUGAAAAGCGUUUCUGAGUAAUGCUCCCAUAAAAACAUUUACAAGUUAAUUAGCCUGCAUAAAAAUUCAGAUCAGUCCAAAGUCUACUGUGUACGAGUGUACUGGAAGCAAGCGAAAGCUCUGGAGAGAGGGGGGAGUGUGGCGGGGGUACCUGUCCCAGACAGAGAGACAGGCCAGGGCAGACUGGGAGUAGAUCGGCGGGUGGGAUCCAAGCAGCAGGCAACGAGAGUAGGUGUCACACCCGCUUGAGAGAAACUUUGGUCAGGAGGCUGAGUAGGAGAGGAGGCAUUCAACCAGACAGGUGCGUGGUGGAGCAGAUAAAACGUCCGAAGCGAUAAAGCUGAGUGAAAAACUUGAACGAACACAACCGUAAACCAUAUACAUCAUUUACACACAUCCACAGACAGACAGAAGUAAUCUCAGACAGAUCCAGCUCACAGAGGCCCAGUUUAUGAGCUCCAUCAGCAGCAGAUUUUAAUUUAGAAUGGAAAAUGAAUGUGUUUAUGCAACAAAUGUUAGUGCAUCGUAUCGCACCGAAUCAUUUCAAACUAAAAUGUAUGGUUCCUGUAUUGUAGCCCAUAUAUCUAGAUACAUAUCAAAUCAUCUUGCAAGUGAAAGACGCACAUCCCUAGUGUGUUUGGCUCCCCUUGAGUGUAUUGUCUCUAACUCUCACUAUUCUCUACCCCUUUGCUUCCUUUCUAGGGGUCAGGUUUUGGGUCGCCGUUGUUUUGAGGUCCGUGUGUGUGCCUGUCCCUGGCCGGGACCGCAAGACCGAAGAAGAGAAUGCAAACAAAGUUCUGAACGGGACCAAGACCACCAACGGCACCAAGAGAAGUAAGACUGGGGCCACGUCCCAAACCUAUUAACUGGCCUCCUUUCCUUGUCUCCUGUAUCAUUGUUGACCUUGUCUCCUCUCCCCUCAGAGUCCCAACGGGCCCUGCCCCCUCCAGGAACCAGCAAGAAGAUCAAGAACGGCUCCAGCACCGAGGAUGAAGACAAGGACAAUGUAUUUUUGUUGCAGGUGGGGGAAUGAAACACACACACCAGCCGACAGAGACACUUUUUUGUAAGGGGGAAUUUGUGUAUCUCUACUUUAUGGUUGUGACAAGGUGCCCAAUGGAAAUUCCCUCUCACUCCUUCUCUCAGGUCCGUGGCAGAGAGCGCUAUGAUUGGCUCAAGAAGAUCAACGACAGUCUGGAGCUGAUGGACCACGUUCCUCCCGCUGAGCAGGAGAAAUACAAGAAGAAAGGGUAAGCUAUCAGCAGAAGCCAUUCUGAUGACGAGAACUGCUCCCUAAAAUGCCUAUGUCCCAUUUACAUGCAUUAUUCCCUUAUUUCCCCCCACAUCUAUCGCCUUUAACAUACAUGUUCUCCUUUCAGUGGUAAAACAGUCUCAACGUCUGUGUUUGUCCUAUAUUUUAUCUUUCUUAGUUCCGCAAAGAGCCUCAAGCAAGAAGCAAUGGCCCCAAAGAGCGGAAAGCGUCUGCUUACGAAGGAAGAGAGGAGCGACUCGGACUAAGGCCAGGACACCUCAGACCUUAUUCUCCCAUCUAUUCCAGAACAACAUUAAGUUGUGACUCCAAAGUAAAUGUCCAAUACCAAACCCUAGGCCCUAUAGAAAGGAUAGGUAUCAGCAAGAUGGUAAUAGCGCCACCUAGACAGCCAUACUCAGGGCUCGGGACCCAGAAAGGGGUCAAUAGGGACAGACCAACAUUUUAAUAAAUGGUGUCAAAUGAACACACAAGACAUGGCGAAAUGUGUGGAAUUGCAGGAAAUU